AUGCCCGGGGAGCCGAGAGGGCGUGGGGAGCGCCGGGCGCUGCUGGCCGGCGGGCCGAGGCCGGGGCGGCGGCGGGCGGCGGCGGGCGCGGUGCUGCUGGUGCAGGCGCUGGAGCGGGCAGCCUUCUUCGGCGUGGCGGGCAACCUGGUGCUCUACCUCAACGGCAGCCUCCGCUGGGCGGGCGAGCAGGCGUCCCGGGCGGCGCUGGUCUUCCUGGGCGCCUCCUACCUGCUGGCGCCCGUGGGCGGCUGGCUGGCCGACGUGUACCUGGGCCGCUUCCGCGCCGUGGCGCUCAGCCUGCUGCUCUACCUGGCGGCCGGCGGCCUGCUGGCCGCCACCGCCCUGCCCGACGGCCGCCGCUCCUUCUGCGGGGAGGUGCCCCAGGCGCCCGUCACGCCCGCCUGCCCCGCGCCCGGCUGCCCGCGCCCCGCGCCUGCCCCGUACUGCGCGCCCACCCUGUACACGUGCCUGCUGCUGCUCGCCCUGGCCGCCAGCUCCGUCCGAAGCAACCUCACCUCCUUCGGGGCCGACCAGGUGCUGGGACUUGGCCGCCACGCCAGCCGCCGCUUCUUUAACUGGUUCUACUGGAGCAUCAACGUGGGUGCGGUGCUGGCGCUGCUGGUGGUGGCCUUCGUGCAGCAGAACAUGGGCUUCCUGCUGGGGUACAGCCUCCCCGUGGGCUGCGUGGGCCUGGCCUUCUUCGUCUUCCUCUUCGCCACCCCCGUCUUCGUCACCAAGCCCCCCGAGGGCAGCCAGGUGUCCUCCAUGCUCAGGCUCGCUCUCCAGCACUGCUGCCCGGGGCUGUGGCGCCCACCCUCUGCCAGAGACCCUGAGCUGAGGCCGCCCCAGCCUGGCGCCUCCCCCGAGCAGGACAUCGCCAACUUCCAGGGGCUGGUGAGGCUCCUGCCCGUCAUGGUGACCCUGGUGCCCUACUGGAUGGUGUACUUCCAGAUGCAAUCCACGUAUGUCCUCCAAGGUCUUCACCUCCACAUCCCGAACAUUUUCCCAAACUACCCCAGGAACAGCUCAGCGGCGCUGGGAGCCCCGGCCGGCGGCUACAAGAUCCCGGAGGCCUGGCUCCUCCUGGCCAACGUGGUGGUGCUGCUGGUCCUGGUGCCCGUGAAGGACCGUCUGCUGGACCCCUGGCUGCUGCGGCGCCAGCUGCUGCCCUCGGCCCUGCAGAAGAUGGCGCUGGGCAUGUGCUUCAGCUUUGCCUCGGUGCUUGUGGCAGGAUUCCUGGAGAUGAAGCGUUUAGAAUACAUCCACCACAACCAGACGGUGUCCCAGCAGAUCGGGGACAGCGUGUACUACGCGGCACCCCUGUCCGUCUGGUGGCAGACCCCUCAGUAUCUGCUCAUCGGCGUCAGCGAGAUGUUUGCCAGCAUCCCAGGCCUGGAGUUCGCGUACUCGGAGGCCCCGCGCUCCAUGCAGGGCGCCGUCAUGGGCAUCUUCUUCUCCCUGUCGGGGGUGGGCUCGCUGCUGGGCUCCGGCCUGGUGGCUCUGCUGUCCCUGCCCAGGGGCUGGCUGCACUGCCCGGAGGACCAGGGGAACAUCAACAACUGCCGGAUGGACCGCUACUUCUUCCUGCUGGCCGGCGUCCAGGUGGCCGCCGCGCUGCUGUUCGUGUGGAUCUCUCGCCGCUAUGAGAGGGCAGCGCGCAGCCCCGCCGCCCAGAGCGGCCCCGGGAGGGACCGGGGCUGA